AUGGCUGAAGUUUACCCAAUCAACAGCUUUUCUCCCAACACAAGUAGUCCCAUAGAAGAUGAUGAAUCUCUUCCACAUGUCAUCACCAUUAGUCCAGAGGAGGGCAGCACUGAGGCCAACAGUGCCAACCCAAUUGAGGCAUGGCUGCCCUUAACAGAAUCCAGGGAGGGGAAUCUCUGGACUUGUGUCUUCCAUUUGAUUUCUUCUGGAAUUGGAGUUCAAGCUCUCUUGCUUCCCGUUGCAUUUGCUUCACUUGGAUGGGCAUGGGGAGUCAUAUGUUUGUCACUGGGUUUCAUAUGGCAGCUCUACACCAUCUGGGUUCUAGUCCAGCUCCAUGAAUCGGUCCCCGGAACUCGGUACAGUAGAUUCCUUCAGCUAUCAAUGGCUGCAUUUGGUCCAAAGUUGGGGAAACUGCUGGCACUGUUUCCAGUGAUGUACCUGUCAGGAGCAUCCUGCGUGGUGCUGAUCAUCAAUGGGGGGAAAGCCAUGGAGCUCUUCUUCAAUGAGGUCAGAGGGACUAGUACCUCCGCGCUGACCGCGGUAGAAUGGUUCUUGGUGUUCACAGCCAUGGCUAUAGUGAUGGCUCAAGCUCCAAACCUCAAUUCUGUUGCUGGGUUCUCGCUGGUUGCAGCCAUCACAGGCAUUUCCUACUGCACUUUCCUGUGGGCACUCCCCGUCGCGAAAGGAAGGCUUCCUGAUGCUGAUUAUGGAUCAUCACCAUCAUCAAAUGAAUCUGGCAUGGGGAGAAUGAGUGAUGUGGUGAAUGGAAUUGGGAUCAUCAUGCUUUCUUUCAGAGGCCACAAUCUUAUUCUUGAAAUCCAAGGGACAUUGCCUUCAGGACAGAAGAUUCAAUCUAGGAAGACAAUGUGGAGAGCUGUGAUGAUUUCAUACGCAAUUGUGAUGAUCAUCUUGUUCCCUCUAGCAAUUGCAGGGUUUUGGGCUUAUGGAAACAAGUGGAGGAAUGCUGAAGGCAUUCUCAUCAUUCCACGGCUCGAGCACUUCGAACCCACUGAAAGGCCUCAUCUACUUGCUACUUCUACUCAACUGCCUGACCUCAUACCCAAUCUACGCCAUGCCGGUUUUCGACAACCUGGAGCUCAGUCUCAUCUCCCAAAAGAAGAACAACAAGCCGUGCUCGAGGCUCGUUCGAGCCUGCUCGAGGAUGUUCUUCGGAGGGGUGACGUUCUUCAUCGCCGUGACAUUCCCGUUCUUGCCUAGCCUAGCUCCAUUGAUAGGAGCCGUGGCUCUGCCUCUGACUCUGGCUUAUCCUUGCCUGAUGUGGAUUGCGAUGAAGAUGAAGGUGAAGAAAUCCGCACCCAACACGGAUUGUAAAAGUGGUGGAGAUGUGGCGGUUUGGGGUUUGAAUUUGUUGCUUGGUAGCUUGGGGAUGGCUUUGUGCGUUCUUUUGGUGGUUGGAGCUGUUUGGAGCUUGGCUGAUAAAGGCCUCCAUGCCAAUUUCUUCAAACCAGAAUGAAACUAUAAAGUGUAGAGUAGAAAUAUGUAACUUAGUGAUAGGUGGGUCAAUUAAAGUUUUGGAGGAAAUGGAGAAACUAACCGC